GACUUGCGUCGAGUUAUACGAGUAGAUCGAUCUCCGCCGGUGUUGCUGUUCUGGUUUUGACGUGACCCACGUGAAUGUAACGCGAUCGUACGUAGUAGGUACUCCACUGGUGGUUCGCAUUUGACAAAUGUCAGUGAUAUAAGAAGAUUGUCCUUUGAAGAAAGAAAAUAAUAAACAAAACAAAAAAUGGGAAUCUUGGAGAAGAUCGCGGAAAUCGAGCGAGAAAUCGCACGCACGCAGAAGAACAAAGCGACCGAGUACCAUCUGGGUUUGCUCAAGGCCAAGUUGGCCAAGUAUCGCUCGCAGCUGCUGGAACCGUCCAAGAAAGCCGGCGAAAAGGGCGAAGGUUUCGACGUGCUCAAGUCCGGCGAUGCUCGCGUCGCCCUCAUCGGUUUUCCCUCGGUGGGAAAGUCCACCCUGCUGAGCACGCUGACCCACACCGAGUCCGAGGCCGCCUCCUACGAGUUCACGACCCUCACGUGCAUACCCGGUGUCAUAGAGUACAAAGGUGCCAAUAUACAGCUCCUCGAUUUGCCUGGUAUCAUCGAAGGUGCUGCUCAGGGCAAAGGUAGAGGUCGUCAAGUUAUCGCUGUAGCGAGAACAGCUGAUUUGGUUCUGAUGAUGUUGGACGCCACAAAACAAGAUGUACAAAGACAACUGUUGGAAAAAGAGUUGGAAUCUGUUGGUAUAAGAUUAAACAAAAGAAAGCCCAACAUAUAUUUCAAAAUAAAGAAGGGUGGAGGAAUAUCGUUCAACUCCACUUGCAUUCUUACCAAAGUCGAUGAAAAGUUGGUUCAGAUGAUUCUGCACGAGUAUAAAAUAUUCAAUGCCGAAGUGUUAUUUAGAGAAGAUUGCGGUGCUGAUGAAUUGAUUGAUGUCAUCAAUGCCAAUCGUGUGUAUCUGCCUUGCCUUUAUGUUUAUAACAAAAUAGAUCAAAUUUCUAUUGAGGAGGUAGACAGGAUUGCAAGACAGCCAAAUAGUGUUGUUGUCAGUUGUAAUAUGAAGUUGAAUUUGGACUUUUUGCUAGAAACUCUGUGGGAGUAUUUAGCUUUGAUAAGAGUUUACACAAAAAAACCUGGACAGCCACCAGAUUUUGAUGAUGGACUUAUUUUAAGAAAAGGUGUCACUGUAGAACAUGUAUGCCAUGCCAUUCACCGUACAUUAGCUGAACAAUUUAAAUAUGCAUUAGUUUGGGGUACAAGUACAAAAUACUCCCCUCAGAGAGUUGGUUUACAACAUACAAUGGCUGAUGAAGAUGUCAUUCAAGUUAUGAAAAAAUAAACAGUUUGGAGCUGUGAGGCUUAUUGAACUUUGAAAACUGGAAAAUUUUCUAUUUUUAAAAAGUGCAUGUGUUAUACAAUCUAGUUUUAAACGGAUAUUCAAUUAGGAAUGAUUAAUGAAUUGACUAAAAAGAGUAUUCAUGUUAUGAAAUGCUUUUAUCAACUUGGAACAACACUUUGUUCUAGAUCACACAAAACCUGAUGCUAUAUAUUGUUUUAUAAAUAAAAAA